AUGGCCGCAUCAGAGGUGGAAGCAGCAAUGACUGCUUUUGCUGCCACUACGUCAAAUGUAUAUAUGGGGAUUUCGUUUGAAAAUAUAAAAGGGUUGGUGCUAGCUUUGUCUUCCAGCUUCUUCAUUGGCACCAAUUUUAUUGUUAAGAAGAAAGGCUUAAAGAAAGCCAUAUGGGUGUUCAUCAAGUUUCGCUGGGAUCUUAGACAAUUCAACUCAACAGCCCCUGAAUUUCCAUGGGCUUCCCUCCUUAGUUUGCUCAAUAUCUCAUCUUCCCAGAAGGCCAAUUUGGUUGUACAGUGGAGAUUGGAGAAAUUGACUGACCAAAGUGAGAAAAAUCAUGAUUGUUACUCGGAAUUGAUUUCUUUAUGUGGUAAUUUACUUACGGCGUUAAGCUUAUUUGAAAUAAUGGAGAACUCAGAGAGCUAUAAACCCGAUUCUGAUACUUACAAUGCUUUCAUGUCGUGGUAUGCAAACUCGGGGAACAAGAAGGCAACUGAAGCUUGGUACUCGUCCAAAAGGGCAUCUGGAUUCUCCCCAGAUCUUUGUGCAUAUGAUUUUCUCAUAUUGAGUUGUACCAAAUCACGGAAUUUUAGUGAUGCAGAAAGAUAUUACGAAGAAAUGAUGUUAGCGGGAUUAAUGCCUAAUGUAUCUAUACUGCAGAAUAUGAUCCUGGUGUACUGCGAGCAGAGAAAUUCCGGUAAAGUGAAAGAACUUUUGCGAAUUAUAAUCGAAGGGGGUUGUAGGACUAAUAAACAGAUGGCGAAAAAGGUUGUGGAAUUUUUUCACGGUUUUGGAACGGUAGAAGAUAUGGAGGAGUUACUGGUAACUUACCCAAAAUCCGAGCAAGUUUUGGAAAUUCAUUCGAUGGUACAUAGCUCCUUUAUAAGAAUGUAUGCUAAGGCAGACAGAUUGGAUGACGUAGAGUACUCGGUCGGGAGGAUGUUAAAAGACGGAAUAUCGUUUAGCUCUCCGGAUGAUGUUGAAAAGGUAAUAUGUUGCUAUUUCAGAAAGGGAGAUCAUGAUAGGCUAGACGUGUUUUUAGAAUAUAUAAAAGGUUCUUACAAGUUUACAAGAUCGAUUUACGAUUUGUUGGUUGCUGGCUAUCGAAGGGCAGGAUUAUUGGAGAAAUUGAAUUCAGUAGUGGAUGAGAUGAAGCAGGCUGGUUUCGCAUAG